AUGAGCAAGCGGAAACAGGACACAGAGACCAGCGACGACUCAAAUCGUGUAAAACGAGUCAAGGAUAACUUGGGAGUAGCAAAACCGGUCCCAAUGACGCGUCCUGCAUCGUCUGCUGCGACGGGUAGUCAAAGUGCUCAGACAGAGGUUACCGACAAGAGGCCGGGGAAAGAGAUACGGAAGGCUAUCCCCAACGCUCCAAAAACAAACGCGUCUUCGCCCUCCAGCGCAUCUGAUACGGGUCCAUCCGUCCCAGUGCCCACUCCACUCGCCCCAGCCCCAGCACCCCCACGUAAACGUCCGCGUAUCCUCAAACUAGCGCCGCCCCGUCCCUAUCCGACGGUACCCAUUGGACGUUCUGCGACUGGCCCACGCUCAACGUCCACUCGUCCUUCACCUGAUGAACCACUAUGCCUAUGCGUCACGCGCAAAACCGCGCUUGCUGCUUAUAUCCGGCGAUGUAAGUCUGCUUUUUUGCAGGACGGCGCACGUGAAAUACGUCUGUCUGCGAUGGGUGCUGCUAUACCGCAUCUCGCGGUUCUCGUCGGGAGCUUGACUACGCAAGGAAUCUUGCCGUUUGCCCAGGAUGACCUCGAGGUGGAAGUGUAUACGGGUUCCGGGGAGGUGGUGGAUGAGAUACUAAGUGACAGUGAGAGCGAGAGUGGUGAGAAAGUUCAGGAUACGGAUACGCCGAAGGAAGAGUUCAGAAAGAGAACCAAGUCCACCAUGAAUGUGAUCAUACGCCAUAAAAAUGGGAACACUAACCCUGCAGAAGCAGAGGGCGUCCGCGCCCCCGCCAAUCAGGGAAAACGGAAACGAAGAAGGAGAGGGAGAGGUAAAGGGAAGGUAUCAGCGGAGGAGGGACAGCAAAGCGGCGUGAAGGCCCCGCGGCGAAUCGUGAUUCAGGAACCGGAACAAGAGGAUUCGGAUGGGUCGUGA